CCCGACGCUGCCGUGCUGCACCCCAGAGCCCGGAACGUGGCGGGACCCGGGCGGACGCUGAGCCGAGGGGGAGUCCGGCAGGCGAGCAGUCGGGGAUCCCGGGAGAGGGGCUGCUCGGGGCGCUGAGAGGGGCGGUGUCGGGGCUGCCUGCCUGCCGAGAGGAACUCGCACGGGGCCCGCACAGUACAUGUAGGAUCUAUAAAUGUUUCUGGAUCCUAGACAGGGAAGAAGGGCAUGGCUUUUCUGCUACAUUUUCCUGGUAUCUAUAAUUUCAUCAACUAGUCUUUUGGAAGGCUAGUGAAAGGAUUUUUGUUCCGAGGUAUAUUGGCUGAAGUCUGAGAAGAAUUGUGACUGGCUAGGAGAAUUUGCUCUAGGAAUGGAGUCGGCUCAUAGCUUAUUGCUAAAUGAAGAAGCAUACAAUCAACUAGGUGAAGUUCAGAAGGCAGAGUUUAUUUUUGAGUGGUUGAGAUAUUUGGAGAAGCUCUUGCUAGCAACCAGCAGGAGUGAUGUAAAGGAGAAGCAGAAGACUCUUGUGGAACAGCUUCUGUAUUUGUUGAACAGUUCCCCAGGGCCUCCUACCCGCAAACUUCUUGCUAAGAAUCUAGCCAUACUUUAUAGUAUCGGAGACACGUUCUCUGUUUAUGAGACAAUCGAUAAAUGUAAUGAUCUUAUUCGUAGCAAAGAUGAUUCUCCAAGUUAUCUUCCCACUAAACUUGCUGCCGUGGUAUGUUUGGGUUCCUUGUACAAGAAAUUGGGUAGAAUACUGGGUAACACCUUUACUGAUACAGUGGGGAAUAUUCUUAAAGCCAUGAAGAGCGCAGAGUCUCAAGGUCGUUAUGAGAUUAUGCUGAGUCUGCAAAAUAUAUUGAAAGGACUAGGAGCUGCUGCUACUCCUUGCCACAGAGAUGUUUAUAAAGCUGCUAGAUCCUGCUUAACGGAUAGAUCCAUGGCUGUUCGUUGCGCUGCUGCAAAGUGUCUCCUUGAACUUCAGAAUGAGGCCAUCUUUAUGUGGAGCACGGACCUGGACAGUGUGGCCACACUAUGUUUUAAGUCCUUUGAAGGUUCUAAUUAUGAUGUGCGGAUUUCAGUUUCAAAGCUACUUGGCACAGUAUUGGCUAAAGCUAUAAUUUCUAAACAUCCAGGAGCAGCAGCCUCACGUCAAAGCAUACGCAGAGCAACUCUGGAGGAAAUUUUGGAAUUACUAGGAACAGGGUUUCUACGUGGGAGUUCAGGCUUUCUUCGAGCCAGUGGCGAUAUGCUGAAAGGAACCAGUUCAGUCAGCAGAGAUGUUCGAGUUGGAGUUACUCAGGCUUAUGUGGUGUUUAUUUCAACACUAGGAGGAGCUUGGCUAGAGAAACAUUUUGCUGCCUUUCUUUCUCAUAUCCUAAGCCUUGCGUCACAGUCACACCCCAAAGCUACCCAAACUCAGAUUGAUGCUGUCUGCUGUCGUCGCUGUGUCUCAUUUAUCCUUCGAGCUACUAUAGGAGGCCUUCUUGGAGAAAAGGCUCAAAUUGCUGCUGCAAAGGAGAUUUGCCAGGCCAUCUGGAAGCUAAAGAAAGUUGUGGAUGCGGUAAUGAGUGAUGGUAAUUUGGAAACCCGGCUUGGUUCUGCAGAUGUAGCAGCUAGCCAGCAUAUGCUAGUAUGUGCUUUACAAGAACUUGGGAAUCUCAUACACAGUCUUGGCACCACAGCUGCACCUUUGCUACAGGAUUCAAGUGCAGGCCUUCUUGACAGUGUCAUUUCGGUUAUUCUUCAUCCUAGCAUUUCUGUUCGGCUAGCAGCAGCUUGGUGUUUACACUGCAUUGCUGUGGCAUUGCCGUCCUACCUAACGCCUCUCUUAGAUCGUUGCCUGGAGCGGCUCACUGUACUCAAGUCUUCACCUGAAGCGGUGACUGGCUUUAGUUUUGCUGUGGCAGCUUUGUUGGGAGCCGUGAAACAUUGUCCUUUAGGAAUUCCUCAUGGAAAGGGCAAGAUGAUUAUGACAUUAGCAGAGGAUUUGCUGUGUUCUGCUGCUCAAAAUAGUCGCCUUUCAGCUCAGCGCACACAAGCUGGAUGGUUGUUGAUUGCUGCUCUGAUGACAUUAGGUCCUGCAGUUGUCAGUCAUCACCUUGCCCGAGUUCUGCUGUUGUGGAAGUGUGUCUUUCCAGCAUCUCCUAAAGAUCUAGAAACGGAAAAGAGCCGAGGAGAUUCGUUUACAUGGCAGGUGACGCUGGAAGGACGAGCUGGUGCACUCUGUGCUGUCAAGAGCUUUGUUUCCUACUGUGGUGAUCUCCUCACUGAGGAAGUAAUUCAGCGUCUUCUUCCGCCACUUCCUUGUGCUGUGGAUUUGCUAACUCAGCUUUCUUCAAUAUUAAAAACAUAUGGAAGUCCUUUGAAAACACCAUCAAUAGUUUAUAGACAAAGGCUUUAUGAACUACUGAUUUUAUUACCUCCUGAAACCUAUGAAGGAAACCUCUGUGUCAUACUCAAAGAACUGGCUGCUGACCUGACUGCCUCUGAUAUCCAGGUGGCGGCGUCUACAUUUUUACUUCCUCCACUCUGUCAUCAGGAUGAUCUUCUGAUAUUAAGUCCUUUACUACAAGAAAAUGACCAUAGAUUUAUUGAAGAACAGCUGCUGCUUGGUAAUGGCAUUGCUUGUGGAAGUCUCGAAUAUGACCCUUACUCUAUUUAUGAGAAAGAUAUAGAUGGAGAUUCUGUGCCUAAACCUCUACCUCCAACAUUAUCAGUUAUUAGCUCUGCAGCCAAGCUCUUUGGGAUUGUUUGUGCUCAUGUGGGAGAAGCUCAAAGGCUUCUCACAUUGGAACAACUUUGGAACAGUAUAAAGCACACUAAAGGAGCUCGUCAGCAGGUAGUUCAGUUGCAUGUUGUUUCUUCAGUUUCUGGUUUCUUAAAGUACGUGGCUGCCUCUAAGGGAAGUUUAGGUCCAGAAGAAAUGAGAAGACUUGUCCUAACAUUAGUAACGGGAGCCCUGGAGAGUCCCAACCCCUUGUUGAGAUGUGCUGCUGCGGAGGCAUGGGCCAGAUUAGCCCAAGUGGUUGAUGAUGGAGGUUUCACUGCUGGAUUAGCUCAAAUUAGCUUUGACAAAUUGAAAUCAGCAAGGGAUGUGGUCACCAGAACAGGACACUCACUGGCUUUGGGGUCUCUACAUAGGUAUUUAGGAGGAAUGAGUUCUUCUCAACACUUGAAUUCUUGUGUUGGAGUCCUCUAUACUUUGUCUCAGGACAGCACGUCUCCGGAUGUGCAGACCUGGGCACUACAUUCUCUGUCAUUGAUAAUUGAUUCUGCUGGCCCACUCUUCAAUGCACAUGUGGAACCUACCCUUUCUCUUAUUAUAAUGUUGUUGUUAAAUGUGCCUCCCACACAUGCUGAAGUCCACCAAAGUCUUGGACGCUGUUUGAAUGCUCUUAUUACCACAUUAGGUCCAGAGCUACAAGGUAACAGUGCUUCAAUGUCUACCUUAAGGGCUUCCUGUCUGUUGGGUUGUGCAGUGAUGCAAGAUAACCCAGACUGCCUUGUGCAAGCCCAGGCCAUUUCUUGCCUUCAGCAGCUUCAUAUGUUUGCCCCACGAUAUGUCAACUUGUCUAACUUGGUUAACAGCCUCUGUGUGAAUCUUUGUAGUCCCUACUUGUUACUGAGAAGAGCAGUACUGGCUUGUUUACGUCAGCUUGUGCAGAGAGAAGCAGCUGAGGUUUCAGAACAUGCUGUUUUGUUUGCUAAGGACAGCAAAGAGAAGUUCAUUCCAGAUGCUAACAUCAGAGAAGUGGGCCUUGAAGGGGCUUUAUUGACCUUACUAGACAAAGAGACAGAUCAGAGGUUAUGCCAUGAUAUCAAAGAGACUUUGAAUCAUAUGCUUACAUCCAUGGCAGUGGAAAAGCUCUCCCUUUGGUUAAAGCUUUGUAAAGACGUACUUGCUGCAUCAGCUGAUUUUACUACUGUAACUUGUGUGGAUACAAUGCAAGAGGAAGACGGAGAUAAAGGGGAUGAUGACUCAGUCCUGACCACCAGAAAUGAUGAAAAAUCACAUCCUUUUACCAAUCCCAGAUGGGCUACUAGAGUCUUUGCUGCUGAAUGCGUUUGUAAGAUAAUCAGCCAGUGUGAAAAUGCCAGCAGUGCACAUUUUGACAUUACUUUGGCACAAGAAAUGAAAAAAAGGGAUUCAAGAAAUGACUUUUUGGUGCUACAUCUUGCUGACUUAAUUCGAAUGGCUUUUAUGGCUGCUACGGAUCACAGCGAUCAGCUCCGUCUUUCUGGCCUUGAAACACUGUUAGUUGUUAUUCGACGAUUUGCAAGUAUUCCAGAACCAGAGUUUCCAGGUCAUGUGAUUCUGGAACAGUAUCAAGCCAAUGUAGGAGCAGCACUUAGACCAGCCUUUACUUCAGAGACACCACCUGAUGUCACUGCCAAAGCAUGUCAGGUUUGCAGUGCCUGGAUAGCAAGUGGAGUUGUAAGUGACCUUAAUGAUCUCCGAAGAGUUCACCAGUUGCUGGUUUCAUCUCUAACAAAAAUACAGGCUGGAAAAGAAGCUCUGAGUCACUUGUAUAAUGAAAGUGCUUCUACCAUGGAGAUCUUAGCUGUGCUAAAAGCUUGGGCAGAGGUCUACAUAAUUGCUGUACAAAGACAUAAAAACAAUAAACAUCCUUUGAAGACUACCACUGGUUCAGAAGAAGGCAUCAGAAGAAGCGGGUCCUAUGCAUCAGAUGGACUGCUUGACUUAGUCCACACUGAUCUCGGCACACUAAGCAGACUCUGGCUUGCUGCCCUUCAGGAUUUUGCUCUCUUAACUUUGCCAUCAGAAUUUGCCUCCCAACUUCCUGUUGAAGGUGGUGCUUUCUACACAGCAGAGACAAGUGAAAAUGCCAAACUGCACUAUUCCAACUCCUGGGCACUAAUCCUGCACGCCACAGCAUUGUGGCUUACAAGCACAGGCUUUGUUGUUGCUGACCCAGAUGAAGGAGCAUCUCAUCUCUCCAGGCCUGUGACACCAACCUCCAUGUGUCAGGGCUCAUCAUCUGGAGCUCCUGUGAAAUCCCCUGAGGAUGUCUACACUGAUAGAGUCCAUCUUAUUUUAGGAAUCAGUGUGGAAUUUCUGUGUUCCUUACGUUCAGACGCAACCAUGGAAAGCAUAACUGCUUGUUUGCAUGCAUUACAGGCCCUUCUAGACGUUCCUUGGCCCAGAUGUAAAAUUGGCAGUGAUCAGGACUUGGGUAUUGAGUUGCUGAACGUGCUACAUCGAGUAAUUCUGACAAGAGAAUCACCUUCGAUUCAGUUGGCCUCACUUGAAGUGGUGAGGCAGAUUAUCUGCGCAGCACAAGAACAUGUGAAGGAGAAAAGGCGAAGUGCAGAAGUUGAUGAUGGGGCUGCUGAAAAGGAAACCCUGCCAGAGUUUGGAGAGGGAAAGGACACCGGAGGACUUGUGCCGGGAAAGUCGUUGGUGUUUGCAACCCUGGAGUUAUGUGUGUGCAUUCUAGUUAGGCAGCUCCCAGAACUAAAUCCGAAAUUGACAGGAAGCCUGGGAGUGAAAGCUACAAAGCCACAGGUGCUGGCGGAAGAUGGAAGUAGAUUGGUUUCAGCCGCUUUGGUCAUCCUCUCUGAACUUCCUGCAGUGUGCUCUCCUGAAGGAAGCAUCUCUGUUCUCCCUACUAUAUUGUACCUCACAAUCGGGGUCCUCAGAGAAACUGCCGUGAAGUUACCCGGGGGCCAGUUAUCUUCAACGGUUGCAGCGUCCCUGCAGGCUCUGAAAGGAAUAUUAUCUUCGCCCAUGGCCCGAGCAGAGAAGAGCCACACGGCUUGGACGGACCUUCUCCGAAGUGCUUUAACAACAGUUCUUGACUGUUGGGAUUCAGUUGACAGCACACACCAAGGACUUGAUGAAGUCAGUCUACUGACUGCUAUCACAGUAUUCAUUCUGUCUACCAGUCCAGAGGUAACUACCAUUGCGUGCCUUCAGGAGCGCUGUAUUGAAAAAUUUAAGGCUACUCUCAAGAUAAAAGAUCCUAUGGUACAAAUCAAGACCUAUCAGCUGUUACAUUCCAUUUUUCAGUAUCCAAAUCCAGCUGUUUCCUACCCGUACAUAUACUCUUUGGCAUCCUGUAUUGUGGAAAAACUGCAGGAAAUAGACAAGAGAAAACCUGAAGACAGCACUGAGAUGCAGAUCUUUCAGGAGGGCAUAAAAGUCUUGGAAGCAUUGGUUACUGUUGCUGAAGAACAACACCGCUCUCAGCUGGUGUCCUGUCUUUUGCCCAUCCUCGUUUCCUUCCUUUUGGAUGAGAAUGCUCUGGGAACUGCAACUGCAACAAUGAAAAAUGUACACGACUUUGCUUUGCAAAAUCUUAUGCAUAUUGGGCCUCAGUAUUCAUCAGUUUUUAAAAAUGUAAUGGCUUCUUCUCCAGCCCUGAAAGCCCGCCUUGAGGCUGCUAUUAAAGGAAAUCAGGAAAGUGUCAAAGUUAAGUUACCAACAUCUAAACAUAGUAAGAACCCUGGAAAGAAUUCAAGCAUCCAAUUAAAGACCAAUUUCCUCUGAUGUUACUUUUUUGGAACUGUAAGCACCUUAAUGUAAUACCCAAUCAUUUCCUUCCCUUUGGGGACAAAAGUGACAUUUCAGACACAAGUGCACUUGCAAGUCUAGUUGGUUGUGUUUACUUUAAUAGCUGUCAAUUUUCAAAGUGACAGCAAACUUAACAUUUUUGGUGGAGUCUUUUUUUCAUUUAUUGAGAAAAUAGAGCUGACAGAGUUCUUGCCAGGAAUUUCAAAAAAGUGGUAAAGAACUAAAUUUUAUUUAACAGUCUACAGCUUUACAAACAAAAGGGAUUCUCCUAACAGUCUAUAUACACAUGGUGUACUUAAUACUGUGGCAGAUAGAGAUUUGACGCUUAAAUGACCUGCACUUACAUUGUAUCCAAUUAGUGAUUUAAAAUUCUGCCUUGGUCAGUAAUAGCAUUAAAGUUUCCUGUGUUUGUCAAACAAGAUUAAGUGAUUGGAAACCUGUAAAAGAAACUUGGUUUAGAAUUAGCCAAUAAAUAAUUGUACAAAUUAAUCAUAGCCCUAAAGUGUGGCAUAAGAUCUGGCUUCAGUAAAUGUCAUGGUUUUUCACGGUUUAGUUUGUGUUGGGUUCUGAAAAUGAGUUGUAUUCAUUUCUAAAUAGAACAGGGCACCUCCACUUUACUGUUUCUCAGGUGGAUUUUCUGUUACCUCCAUUCCCAACAAUCGGGUUCAUUUUCAUUUGUGGCAAACAUUCAUAUCAAUGAGUUUAAUACCUGUUCAUAUCUAUAUUGUAUUUAGAUCAACUGUGGGUUUAUAUAAAUGCCAAAUUUAGUACAACAGACAUGUCAUCAAGGAAUACAAGUAUUUUUCUUAAUACGAAACAUAUUUUAAUAUAGAAAAAUGUAAUGACAAAGUCUUAUUGGUUGAAAAGUAUUUUUUAACUCUGUUCAUGAUCACUGGCUCUCCUUCCAAAUCCAUGUUAAACUGUAUGAAUCGAGCACUAUGUCAAAAGAAAUGACUUCUCUAUUAAAAAUUACAAAAGGAAGUGAUAGAGGCAUACUCAGAAAACACUUUAACCCCAGCAAGAGCAAUGUGAUGUACUCUAUUUUAUUAUGUUUGUAUAUAAAUACUCUUGUAAAUUGUUGCGAAUAAACACAUUUGACAAAUUCUAACACCACAAUCAAUUUUUCUAAAUACAUAAAUAAAGCUAAUUUUCUGUA